CAACCUACUGGCUUCAUGUUGCUCCAGACAGUCUGUGGCUGUUUGUUUGUAAACACAUUUUUGUCUAAAACGUGCUGCGCAUUGUAAGAUAUUUACGGAGCAGUAUACUUGUAUUUAUAUGUGGCCAGUUUUCUGUAACAAAUUUCCCCGCCUUCUCCGCGAGCAGAUACUCGUGUUAUCUUCAUAAGGGACAGUAGUUUGGACAACUGGUCACCCUCUAAUUACACAGCACGGUCGUCCCAUGUCUUGACAGUUUAGGGCUGGCUGAACCAUAUCUCUCUACCAUAGGAUGCGCUAUGUGGCGAGUGCCUCUCUGUCCUUUGGUUCCCUGGGCCUGCUCCGUCUCUUCGGGGCGUCCUGGUCCUGGAGCCUCGCGGCGGGUCUUAGUGUUUAUUUAGGUACAGGAGGAUGGCGAUACCUGUAUGUGGUGGUUCGUACAGCUAAAAGGGACAUCAAUGGUCUGUAUGUGCUCAUGAGGGUUAAACUGGCACUUUGGCAUCAUAUCCGUCACCGCAACACCAUACCCUCGAUCUUUGCACAAACAGUGGCUCGGCACCCAGACAAACCUGCGCUUGUGUAUGAAGCCACCGGGGAAACGUGGACAUUCACCCAGUUAGAUCAGCUCUCUAAUUCAGUGGCCCACUGGGCACUGAGCCAGGGCUGGACCUCAGGGGAUGUGGUAGCGCUUUUCAUGGAGAGCCAACCGCUCCAAGUGGCACUCUGGCUCGGCCUGGCCAAAGUGGGCGUGGAGGCUGCAUUAAUUAACUUCAACCUCAGACGUGAUGCACUUCUGCACUGUGUGGGUGUGUCUGCAUCCCGAGGGAUGGUUUUUGGAGCAGAGCUGGCAGACGCCAUGUCUGAAGUGAGCUCUUCCUUGAGCGAGAGCAUGAUACGGUUCUGCACGGGUGACCUGAGACCAGACCAGUUGGCCACUCUGAAAUCUCAGCCUCUCAACAACAUUCUGGCAUCUUUCCCUCGACACCCACCAACCUAUACCCUGUCCAAGGGUUUCAGUGAUCAUUUGUUCUAUAUCUACACUUCUGGCACAACAGGACUCCCUAAAGCUGCUAUAGUGGUGCACAGUCGAUAUUACAGGAUUGCUGCUUUUGGGUAUUAUUCUUUUCGAAUGCGGCCAAACGACAUUAUCUAUGACUGUUUACCCCUUUACCACUCAGCAGGUAAUAUUAUGGGGGUGGGCCAGUGUCUCAUUAAUGGUCUAACUGUAGUGGUCAAGAAGAAGUUUUCUGCGAGUCGCUUUUGGGAAGACUGCAUCAAACACAACUGUACUGUUGUGCAGUACAUUGGGGAGAUUUGUCGUUAUUUGCUGUCCCAGCCUGUGAAGCUCUCGGAGCGACAACACAAGGUUCGUUUGGCUGUGGGGAAUGGACUGCGGCCCAGCGUAUGGGAGGCCUUCAUGGAGCGUUUUGGGGUCAGACAGAUCGGCGAGUUCUAUGGAGCCACUGAGUGUAACUGCAGCAUUGCCAACAUGGAUGGCAAGAUUGGAGCUUGUGGUUUUAACAGUCGCAUUCUGCCAAAUGUCUACCCCAUCUGUCUGGUGAAAGUAAAUGAGGAAACCAUGGAACUGGUUAGAGACAAGCACGGACUGUGUGUGCCCUGCCAACCUGGAGAGCCCGGCCUGCUAGUGGGGAGAAUUAAUCAGCAGGAUCCGCUGCGACGGUUCGAUGGGUACGCUAGUCAGGAUGCCACCAGGAAGAAGAUUGCCCACAAUGUAUUCAAGAAAAACGACUCUGCAUAUCUGUCAGGUGAUGUUUUAGUUAUGGAUGAGCUUGGGUACAUGUAUUUCCGGGACCGGAGUGGUGACACGUUUCGUUGGAAAGGUGAGAACGUCUCCACUACUGAGGUGGAGGGAACACUGAGCAGCCUUUUGGGACUGACAGACGUGGCAGUGUUUGGAGUAGCAGUACCAGGUGUGGAGGGGAAGGCUGGUAUGGCUGCCAUCGCUGACUCAAGAGGAAGUUUUAACUGUGAAUCUUUCCUGAGAGAGGUUCAGCAAACUCUGCCUCCAUACGCAUGGCCAGUAUUUCUACGCAUCUCUCCAUGUGUAGAUACUACAGGAACCUUUAAAAUUCAAAAGACCAGAUUACAGAGAGAGGGAUAUGAUCCACGGCUCACAACUGACCGGAUCUACAUUCUCAAUAACAGAGCAGGUUGUUAUGAGCUUGUGGAUGAGCAGAUGUUCAGUGCUUUAGAGGAGGGCAGGAUGUCCCUUUGAGAUGAAGAUCAGGUAGUCUGAACCCACCUGAUCAUCUUCUAACCUCUCCAUGCACCAAAAUGCAAUUGAAACCACUGAGAUUUGUCCUGCUAGAAUUUUUGUUUAUUUUAAUUAAUAGUAUGGCAUUUGAAGAGGUCUCCUCCCUUUAGUAUUAGAAAGCACAAGCUGUGCCUUGCAAAUGACAAACUGAAUUGUCGGAUAUGCAAUAGAUGAGACCAUUAAGAGUGAAUGAUUAUUUGAAUGUGUUCUGAUUUUAUGGUAGUGUGCAAACUAAUAAAUACAGCUGGACAUAUGCACUCCCAAUUUAACCAGUUUUACAAAAGACACUGAAGCCAACAGUAUGACAGAUGGAUCUCAGCUAGAAUGUCUGAGGUCUAUCUAUGUACUAUAAAGUUUUUAACAUCAUAGACUGCGUAACAAUACAUGCUGAUUGCAGGACUGAAUAUUUUAACUGAAUAUAUUAUUAAGAGUGGAUGUUAACGGACUUAAGACUUUUAUUACAUAAACAUUGUUAAAAUGCCUAAAAUGGAUUUUUCAUCUCCAGAGUGACUUGAUAUUAGAAAGGCUGAAGAUACAGAUUAUCUUUAUAAACAGCCACAACAAAGUGCCUUAGAUUGUACCUCUAUACCCAUGUAUGAAAUGAGAUCUGUUCAGUUCCCUGAUACUGAUUUAAUGAGUCAGUUUAAAUAAACAAAAAAGUUUUGAAAACUAAUUUAGAGUAAUCAUAUUCAUAUCUUUUGAAGUGUUCAGAAUGAUGCAAUGAAUAAAUAAAAGUUCUUACUAUUAUAGACACAUUCU